AACUUGCACUUUGCUCCCCUACUUUGCCGACUUCCCGCGUCGACUCGCCGCGUGUGGGCUUGGCUUCUCCUGCAGGGGAGAGGCAAGGUGGCCGUUAGGUAACAGGGCUUGUGCUCGCCGCGCAAAACAACCGCUGAGUCAGAAGCGGGGAGGAGUUGCACUUCUUACGGGUCCGUCCCGGCCAGCCAGGUGUCUUUUUAGAGUGUCCAAAGAGUGAGUGAGUGUGCGAGAGAAACUCUUGCCUGCCUCUCUGAAGAGUGGGAGCCCCUCUCCCGAAUUGCUCGGGGCAAGGCGCGCGAGAACGGGGGCUCCCCCUGCUCUGAGCUGGCACGCUGCUUUUGACUUGUCGAGCCGGUGCCCAAGUCCUGUGCAGGGGAACCCAGCGCCCUCACGCCCUCGGUCGCGCCGUCGUCAGACGGGCUCCCCGAAUCCUCCGUGGCUCCUCCGUCGAAGGGAGGCUCGGCAGCCAUGAACAUCAUCUUGGAAUUCUUCGUGGUCACCUUCAAGGUCCUCUGGGCUUUCGUGGUGGCCGCCGCCAAAUGGCUCAUGCGCCCCAAGGAAAAGAGCGUGGCCGGACAGGUGUGCCUCAUUACCGGCGCCGGCAGCGGGCUGGGCCGGCUCUUCGCUCUGGAGUUCGCCCGCCGCCGAGCGCGCUUGGUCCUGUGGGACAUCAACACGCAGAGCAACGAGGAGACGGCGGGCAUGGUGCGGCACAUCUACCGGGAGAUCUCGGAAGAAGCCGUGGUCGCGGCUCAGAAAGCUGGGCAUGGUGAAGAGGAAGUGCUACCUCCCUACAACUUACAAGUUCAUACAUACACUUGUGAUGUGAGCAACAGAGAGAAUGUGUACAAGACUGCUGAGAGAGUCUGCAAGGAGGUUGGUGAAGUCUCAGUCCUCGUGAACAAUGCUGGUGUUGUUUCCGGCCACCAUCUUCUGGAAUGUCCUGAUGAGCUUAUUGAGAGGACCAUGAUGGUUAACUGCCACGCACAUUUCUGGACUACUAAAGCAUUCCUUCCCAAAAUGCUGGAACUGAACCACGGACACAUUGUCACUGUUGCAAGCUCUCUUGGCCUCUUUAGCACUGCUGGAGUAGAGGAUUAUUGUGCCAGUAAAUUUGGAGCUGUGGGGUUUCACGAGUCCCUAAGCCAUGAACUAAAGGCAGCUGAAAAAGAUGGCAUUAAAACAACACUGGUUUGCCCUUACCUUGUAGAUACAGGAAUGUUCAGAGGCUGCAGAAUUAGAAAAGAAAUAGAGCCAUUCCUUCCACCUUUGAAACCAGAUUACUGUGUAAAGCAAGCUAUGAGAGCUAUACUGACAGAUCAACCAAUGAUUUGCACACCUCGUUUGAUGUAUAUGGUUACCUUCAUGAAAAGCAUCCUACCUUUUGAAGCAGUUGUGUGCAUGUACCGGUUUUUGGGAGCAGACAAGUGUAUGUAUCCUUUCAUUGCUCAACGAAAACAGGCGACAAAUAACAAUGAAGCAAAGAAUGAAAUAUAACAUUUUAUAAAGGACUGUUAUUUGUAACAGAAUUAUUAUCAAAUGCUAGAACUGUAUUCUGGAGUGCACUUGCAUUUAGCAGGAGCAACUGUUAACAUUUUAUCAUGACAUUCUCUUGGAUCCUAUACCUGAAUAGUGAACAGGAAAAACUUUUUUUUUUACAUAUUGUAUGUAGAGUAAUCAGAAUUCAUGAGAACCAUGAGAGGCAAAUUCAUAAAAAGUAGUGACCACCCUUGUUCUUUUGAAACUUUAUUAGAUGUACAGUAAUAUGCUACUCUUUUUAUAGAGAGAAACUUUGUAUGAUUUCUCUUGAGAUGGUCAUGCAAUUAGAUGAUUCAAUUGUUUCAUCAAUUGUUCGUUUUCUUGUGAUGUUUUCAUGGGUUGUCAUUUACAUUAUGUAAUGUAGCAGAGGCAGUGCUUCAAAAGCUCACAGUCUAAAUAAUACAUUGUAAUUACUUUUUAUUUUUUAAUGUUGCAUAUGUUGAACCUAAAUAUGUUUUCAUUAACAUGAAGUUUGGAAUGCUUUCAGAAUGGAAAGUCAUAAUCCAUACCAUCUCUUUCUGUUACUUAGAUAAGAAUAUAUAGCUUGAAUUUAAAAUCAACCACUAUAAAAGCCAACUUUAAUGGAAUUGGAUGAGCAAAGGAAUAAGCAGCUAAAUACUCUUUCUAGACUAUAUAGUGAAAUCCGUUUCCCCAUCAUUGAUUACUGUCCAAUAACCCAUGUUUUUGCUUAAAAUUCAAAAGCAAAUUGAGUUAAGAAAAAAUAAAUCAUGGCCGUCCUGCCAACUGUCACAUUAAAGAGUUAUAUAAACAAAAUGUAAUAUUAUUAGAUGCAACUUGAACAUUAGAAAGACUAAAAUGUUUUUUUAAAUUGCAUUAUAGAGCAGAAAACAUUUUUUACCUUUUUUUGUAAGAACAAUUUUGUGCCUUGAAUUUGGUGAACUGUAUUAGUAGAAUAUUGUAAAGGUGAACUUUCUACCUCUAUAUCUAAAUGUAUAUCAUUUGUUUGUAAAUUUGUUUUAAAAAUUGUGACUUUUUUUUUAGAAUGUCAUGUUAAAUACUGACCAACUUUUGUGGUUAUUAAAAUUAUCCACUUGUUCUUUAAGA